AUGGGGAACGUGUCAGACAGACAUGAACCCCAGGAUAUCGGUGCAGAAAUGCGAAAUGGCGUACCUGACUUCAAAGAGAUAAAAUGUAUAGUACAAGAUGCUGCUGCUAAUAUGCGAAUGAAAAGGGCCAAAAACCUCUUUGGUACUGUGACCGUGCCCCUCGAGGAUGUUAAAGACCAGGUUACUGAAAGCUGGCACAAUAUAGUCAAGAACAAGGAAGAAGAACUGAGUCAAAGUGCACCAAGGGAAAGUUUCAAGUCGACCAAGAAAAGAGGGAGUCUUCGCAUUGGUCUCAGAGUAUCUGCAGUGGCGCAAUUACACCACCUUGGACCUCAUUGGUAUGAUGCUCUCCUACACAAACUAAUGUACCAGCACCUUGGAUACCUCGAUAGCCUGGAUGGCUUUGGUAGAACAAGUAUUCGUCGCAGUAGACAGAGGAAAGGCAUCCGCUGUAGCAAUCGAAGCUCCAAAAGUAACAGCACAAUGAGUUCAAGCAGCAGUGAAAGUAGUGGAUCAGGAAGCAGUAUAGAGAAUGAGGUCCUGUGGCCAUCUGUGAGCCCCUGGCCUGGUACACUGAGUAAUGCCAGUCUUUCAAUAUUAAAGCAGUAUGCUACAAUGCUCAACAUCCCUCCACAGUCAGUCAUUCUCUCAUGGUGGAAAGUAACUUCAAGACUAAGUAUUGUGGACCAGUCUUUUCUUUUACAACUUUUGGCCAUUCUGCAAAGACAUAUUGCAGAGGGAAAUUACUCAGAUGAAGAAAUGCAGGAAGUACGAAGCACGUUGCGAAUCUGGGCUUCCCUUCAGGAGGAAAAGCUGGUAUAUCUUAACAACAAUUAUCCUGCAACGUCUAGAGUUAUAUCUUAUCAGCAGCUCACCCACACUCUUCGAGGCCUGAAAGCAGUAGAUUCCAAACCAGAAACAAGAUCUCUCCAAAUAUUUCCACAAGACAUGUCUGUAGUAGAACUAGUGUCCAAUGCUUUGACGACUUUUACAAAGAACUGGUGGGAAAAUGCUAUUAGAAAUCGUGGUCGGAACUCUCCAGAUGCUAGUGAAGAACAGCAGUUGGUUGCUGCAGUUGCUGUUUCGCAGGAAAUCAUUUCUUUCUUAAGAGAUGUUUGCGAUUUCUAUCAAGAUGUAUUCAUCAGAGAAUCUCAAGUGUCCUUCCUCAGACUUACCUACGCUCUCCUCACCUAUGAGCUGUCUGCUCGUGUAAGGCCCUUGAUGAUAAAGCUGUACAAGCCCAAAGGAGACAGCCAGUUUAGCUGUGAUGCAAAUGAAAUAAAUGACACAGCAGAAACCAAUUCUUCCACAGCUUUACAGGUUUCAAAUCCUGUUUGGCAACUGUACAAGAGGCUGGAGAUCAUUGUGGAAAUUGGUGAGAACCUUCCUGAAGAGGUUCAAUUACAGUCAGAUUUACAUGGGUACCACCAGUGGUUUGUUGGUGGUGUGAUCAGGUGGCAGGAACAUGUCUUUCGGGAGUCCAGGAGCAUGAUAGCGAAAGAAGUACAAAAGGAUGAGUUCCAGUCAAAUGCGAAAAGCUAUGGAUCAGCAUCCAUCAGCUCCUCAGCUAUGGAGUUGACAUAUGUGUUUCGUAUUGUGACAACAUACUGGCAGAAGCUAGCUUGGCCAGAUGAAGCCGAGGGGAAUGGUAUAGCAAAACAGCUUAUGCAACAGUGCUGUUCUUUAGGGUUGCUCUACACAAAAUUGGUCAUCUCAAAGCUGGAAGUAAUUCUCCAAGAAAAGACAGACCCCAAAGUUUUGCUGCUUUCAGCUGAGACAUGCAGAGCUCUAAACAACAUUGAGUAUGUGUGUGAAGAGAUUCAAGAGCUCCCUGGACACUUUGGCCUUGCAAUAGAAAACGAGAAGUAUCCUGUCAUCACCAACACAACAUUAAAGAUGGAAACAUCUAUUAAGAAAUUCAUAGAUACUGUUAUUAAGAAGUUGCGGCAGACCCUGAACCAAGCAGUUAUGGAGUCAUGUGAAAUGGUUAAUGAAACACCUUUACUGAAGAAAGUUUUGGAUCAGUACCUGUCUCUUCUUGAUAACUGUUUAACCCGGCCAAAUUUCGAGAGAUUUUUGCGCAAGAUCUGGAAUGUUCUUGUUGCCAUCUUUGUUAGCCUUGUUGAAAGCAACUGUGAUAAGAAAAAUGCAGAGUUCUUCAGCGGUGUCUUCACCAUCCUUGAGCGCACAUGGCAUUUCUUCACCCACUCUCCAACCAAUUCCAAAGGACUUGAUCCACAGCUGGCACACACGAUGGAAUACCAGAACUUGUUGGAUACCCUGGGCAACUUGAAGAUGCCGACAGAAUCUCUCGUUGCUAAGUACUACAGAGAAAGGUUUGAAGAGCAGAGUCAACCUGGAGCUAGUCUGACUGCUCGACUUGUAGUUUUGGCAUACUUCACCACAACUGGUAACCUGACAGUUGAAGUCAUCAUGGCUAAUGAUAUAGUGAAACCUAAAAACUAUCAUGAACCUACACCUGUCCUCCCUCUCAUGUCCUCAGGAAAGUCACCAGAUACAUAUGUUCAGGUGAAACUUGUGCCUGGUGAAUGGUUCCCGAAUGUCAGGAAUCAAAAAACCAAGAUACAGAAGAAGAGUGAAGCACCAGUAUAUAAGGAAUCAUUUGAAUUCCUCAUAAGCCACACUGACACCGGAACAAAGUCAGGCGGCCACCUCCUCUUUGUGCUGAAGAUGUCACAUCGUGUCCAAGCUGAUUGUAUACUAGGGGAAGCUGUUUUGCCACUUGAAGAGCUGCCCUGUGUGGAGCCAUCAGCCAUGAGAAGUGUCACUACCAAGUACUUAACUGUGAAUCUAGCUAGAGAAGAUAAUGAAUACACCGCUUUAAAGGCAUUGCAGUACAGAAUCUGGGAUAAGAAAGCAGUGUCGUUUCUCAAAGAGGGAAAGAAGAAGAGAAAAAUCAAGUUGCAGCUGGACUUGUAAUAAAGCUGAUGCACAAUAUACCUUGGGAUCAGGAUUUCAGUUGGAGCAAUAUAUGAUGGACCUCAUGGUAUCCAUACAUAUUCAUGAUAAACGGGUUGAUAGGGAUUUUGCUUGUGUAGGAAAUAUUUUGAUCUGUGGUUGUUUGAUAAAAAUUCAUUCUUCCAUUCCUCAAAAUGUUAAAUAGCAGUUAACUUAAUCACUCAUCAAUGCAUAUUCCAGUUGUACUGUGAUGCCAGUUGUAGUUAUAGUGGUGCUGUAACUAACUUACAUAUUCAGGUAUACUAAGUGCUUGGUUAAAAAAGUAUAUUACAGUAUUUUGAUAAUAAAUCCUGUGAAAAGUGCUACAUUUUUUCCCAGCAAGUUAAAAAAGUUAUAAUGUAAUCUUGUAAUGUAAUGUAGUGUGUACUUUUUAUGAGGAAAGAGGUACGAGUUGAUGUUUCAUGCUGUCAAGGGUUAUCAUUCUUCACAGUACUUUACCAAAGAAUGUUAUUGACUUUGCCACAUCAAAUGUGACUUAUGUUAAUAGGUUGUCCAGCUUGUAAAGCAUCUUUUUGUGAUAUUAUAUUAAGUUCCAAACAGUAAGAAAAUACAUUGAUAAAUUGGAUUUUUGAAACAUGGCUGAGCAAAGUGAUAAAUAGGUAUUUGUUUCACCAAAAUGCUUACUGAAAAGUAGGGAAAAGGGACUUUUAUUACUUGCCCUGUUGUGCAUUCUAUAAUGGGGGGACAAUAUUGCUAUAUAUUGCUCUUAUAGCUACAUUUUGUAACAUUUCUAAUACUUGUAAUAUUGAAUUAUUUGUGAUUUAUAAACAAUGCAAUACACACCAAACAGAAUGAUAAACCUUACUUAGGUAAAAGAUUUAAUGAUUAAAAAAAUAAAUGACUAUCUUGUUAAAAAGAACUUUUAUAACAAUUUUGUAAGUUCUACAUUAAAUGAUGUAGCAAAACUGGUGCUACUUAGUCAUCAUUUCUGCCAAUUAGAAACUGUUGUGCAACACUUUGUUUUGACCCUGGCUCCAUUUCCAGAAACAAAUUCGCCACACAAAUGGGUGUGUAGAGAGCUACUAGUUUUGUUUUAGAAAUGGAAAGGAAUGGCAAGUGUAUAUUUGAUGCUACAGUAUGUCAAUGAUAGUGUACUGUAUGAACUUUUAUAUCAGAAGAUAUAUUAGUUCUUUAGAUUAUUUUUCAUAUAAUGACAUAUAAGAAAUACAUUUUAAGGGUAUGAAUAGAGAUUUUAAAGAUUAUUUAUACUUUAACUUUGUGCAUCAUCAGGCCACCAAAAAUGUCAUAUGAUGCAUAUGAGUAUUUUUAUUCUUUAUAAUGUGAUAUCACAUAAUCAAAGACUGAUUCAACAAUAAAAUGAGACUUGCCAACUUCAGUAUUGUUCUCAAGAAUAAGAGUCAAAUUUUUAGCAACAGUACAGCAACAGCACUUGUAGUGUGGCUGUUGCGACAGACUUUUCAGUGUUGUGAAUGAAGACCAGGAACACCUAAAAGUGUCUUUACAACAGUUUUUGGGUGAUGGAAAUGAGGCUUCAUGUUUCGCACGUUCCAUUCCACACCAUUAUCAGUUCACCAUGGUACCUCAGAAUUCAUAAUCAUACAUACUUGAUAAGCCAAUUUGUGGAUAAAUCAUCAUGAAGGCUGUAUAUACACUUAGUGUUAGAGUGAUAUAAUAUAUGAAUAACAUAUGUGAUAGUAUUUUUUCAGUUAAUUCAAUAAAUAGUAGUAAGAUAAUGUAAUGGGGUUGUUUCUGUAUAUAAUAUUAAAUGAGGAUUAGAUAUAAACUGUAUCUCUAUGUAACAAGUAAUGUGAUAUGUUACUGUGCAGUUUGGAUGUAUAUAUUAUGUAUAUACACUACUAUGUCACAUAAUCUGUAUUAUAUGGUUAUUAAGCUUUAAUUCACAUAUGGAUUUAAAUUGAUAUUUGAAAUAGUUAUUUUGGGAAUUACUGAAGUAAAAGAUGUAUUAUAUUUUUUAUUAUUAUUUAACAUUGAAAACACAAAACAAAAUAGCAUAUAUCUGCUGUAGGAAGUUCAGAGCUACAUAUCAAAAUUACUGAGCAUGUAUCUUGUCUUGAAUAAUUGUUUUCUGGAACUUAAAUUUUUUGUAGUGUAUUUCUCUCAUGGGGAUUGCAGUUCUUAUGAUGAAAAAAAGAAGGGUAAGUUUAUACAAGAUUUUACAUUAUAGAUGAUUCCAAUUUUAGAAUAUUUACAAAAUUGUGAUCAGUGGAGGAAAAUGUUUUGGUAAAUAUGGAUAUUAUUGUUCAUUUUUUUUUUUUUUUAUAGUUUUGAGAAUAUGCUGAAUAUUUAUAUGACUAUUAUUUGCUAAAUCUUCAGGUUAAGCUCUUUGUUUGUGGGCUGCACAUAUUAUAAUGUGAUGAAAUGAUAAUUUUUAUUUUUUUUUUGCAUUUAUUUUCCAGUUAUUGUUUAUUUCAUCAAUACACAUGAAUGUAAAAGGAGCUAUGAAAAGGGUAAUAACAUUUGUUAGCAAAUAUUUCUAUAAUGUACAGACAUUUGUACUGUUGAUUCUUACUAUUCAAAGCAAUAUCACUUAGCCUUCAAGGUAAAUAUGAUUAAUAUAAUAAUAUUAUAUAUGUAUAGAUAAUAGAUAAACUGUAUUGGUUUUGAUUAUUGCAAGUCCAUAAAAAAAAUGGAGCAGAUAAACUGAAAUUAAACACAAAUACUGUCACAUGUACACACAAUUAAAAUGAAAAUGUGGCUACAAUAGAAACCUUUGUAUUGUGGUAGUGUUUCCAUUUUAAUGAAUUUACUGCUUGAACAAUGAAGUGAGAACCCUUAGUUCAUGUUACGAAGAAAAUUUAUAGUGGUAUUUGAUUGGUAAAGCUAAUGUGUAAUUUAAAUUGUUUAUAGAUAUUUUCUUUAUUUUUGCUUAUGUAAUAAUACAUAUCAGAAACAGGACAAAAAAAUCUCAUUUGUAGCAAAUCCUAUUUUGACCAAAUAGAAAUAAUUUUAGAAAUGAAAUAGUGCUAUAUGACCUUAGAUGUCUAGCACAUUUACUUCGCUUUUCUCCAUUAACCAUUUAGAAAUGAAAUAAUGCUAACUUUGGAUUUCUUUUUUUUGAAAAUAAUUGUUUUUACUAUUUUCAAUUGUUUUUACUUAGUAGACCAGUGGUUCUUAUACUUUUUGUACUUUAUAAUACAGGAAUUGAUGGAAUAUUGUGUAUAAAGUAAAUAAUACUCUAAAUAAUCUGUAUAUUAUUGUCAUGAAAAAAAACAAAAACUGGGCAUUGAUUGCAAAAUCUUUAUUUGGCAAAUAUAGUAUUCACAAUAACCAAA